UGCGUUAGCUUGUUAGCUAGAAGAAAGCUAGCUCUUCUGUUCUGAAGGUGUACGCUGUAUGCGCACCAAAAGGACGACCUAAAAUUGCGAUUUGACAAAUUUUACCGAAAAGCAAGGCAUUUUGCUCGUAAAGGUCGUGGUGAGUAUUUUGUCCCCCAGACAUUUUUCAUUUUUCCCUUUUUCUUUUCUUUUUGGAAAUUUUUCUACGAUGAUUUUCUAUUUUGAGAGCGGACAGGACAUAAUGUGCUAGCUAAGCUAGCGGAGUAGCUGGCUUAGCUCGUCUCCCCCCUCGACACAAUGGCUGCUUGUGAUCUUUUAAAUUUUUUCUUUUUUAGACACGACACUUUGGGAACAUCGUAGCUACACCUGUUUUUUUAUUUAGUUGUGUUUUUCUAGUAUUUAAUAUGAAGAUUUUUUUUCCUUGACUGGACUAAUUUGUUUUUGGCUUUUCAGACGGACCGAUAGCAAACGUUAGCAUUAGCACUCAGCUGCAGCAUCGUCCUGAUCCGUGAUUAAAGACUGUCGAGUGAAUUUUUGUCUGAAUUUCCUGCGUUUUGUCACUUUUUUGUAAGCACAAGAACUGGUCAUAUUGCUGAGCAUUUUUAAAGAUAAUUUUGAUUUGGUGGUUGGCUAACUGUAGCCAUGCUAGCCGGUUUUUAGCCGCCGAGGCUAGCGCAGGGCCUGCUGUUUCACGUUAGGCCUGCUGGUGGCGCUGUUGGUGUUUUAAGGAUGGUUUAGUAUAAACCGUGAGGGGUGAAGAUCCAGACCCAAACAGCAGACAAGACGACAGCCCUGCACACAGACGCUAUGGAUCGUUCGUCCUCCGCCUCCAGCCUGCUGGCCAGCAGCAACGUCACCAACAAAACCGACCCGCGCUCCCUCAACUCCCGGGUCUUCAUUGGGAACCUCAACACCCUGCUGGUCACCAAGGUGGACAUCGAAAGCAUCUUCUCCAAGUAUGGGAAGAUCGUUGGCUGCUCUGUCCACAAGGGCUACGCCUUUGUCCAGUACGCCAACGAGAGGAACGCUCGGUCCGCCGUUGCCGGGGAGGACGGGAGGAUGAUCGUUGGACAAGUGCUCGACAUCAACCUAGCCGGAGAGCCCAAACCUCACAGGUCGAAAACGUCCAAACGCUCCGCUGGAGACAUGUACAGGUACAUGUCUGCAAGUGCUGCAGCAUCUGAUGAUGAUGAUGAUGAUGGCUCUGUUCCAUCAAAGAAAAUUGUGACAGAAGGAAACUGCAGCUCAUCGUUUGACCUGGACUAUGAUUUUCAGAGAGAUUAUUAUGACAGAAUGUACUCGUACCCGUCUCGUGUCCCCGCCCCGCCUCCUCCCCUGUCGCGGGCCGUGAUUCCGUCCAAACGGCCGCGGGUCAGCCUGAGUGGAGGAAGCAGCCGGAGAACUAAAAGCAGCUUCUCUUCGUCCAGGAGCAGCCAGAGAGUCUCGUCUUCCAGAACCAUGAGGGUGGACGAGCUGCAGACCAUCAAGAGGGAGCUGACCCAGAUUAAAAGCAAAGUAGACGACCUGCUGGAGAGCCUGGAGCGCAUGGAGAAGGACCACACGAAGAAGUUUGAAGCUAAGAGCGUAAAAACCGAGCCGGGAGAAGUGACGACGCCUCCGCACUCCAGCAACAAGAAGGACGACGGCUCAAAGAGAGAGAGGGAGAACCAGGACGCAAACGACUCCGAUGAAGAGGAGGAGGAGGAGGGAGACCUGCUGGAGGAGGAAGAGGUGAAGAGUCAAGAAAGGGAGGAGGACGAGGAGGAGGAGGAGGAAGGGGAGCACGUGGAAGGAGACGACGACGACAAUUACAGCGUGAACGGCGACGACGACGCGUAAACUCUGAGCUCGGCCUCUGAUUUCAACACUUAUGUAGAUAAAAACACGAGCAUGGUCCUGUCACCCCCUCCCCCUGAAGAUCUGUAGUCCGUUGUUCAGAACCUCUGAGUGGGGUAGUUAGCUGUAGGUUGUCCCCCCCCCCACUCGUCCUCAGGC